AAAAAGAAAAACUCCGUAAAAGAAAAUAAAUUAUUAUUUUUAUUUCUUUAAAUAUGGAAUCAUCACUAUGAAUCCCUUUCUUUUUUGGUAUUAAAUUCACAAAGCUAGCUUCACCGGUAGUCACCGCCACUGUCGUGGAAGAUGAACAAGAAAACCAAGAUUUGGAGGAUCCCAAAGCAUGAAUCAGAGAAGAAAUAGCUCAUCUCUUCGCAGGUUAUUACCUCUCGUGAUCUUGCUGGCCAUAGUUUUCUUCAUAGGGAGUGCAUUUAUCACCACAGAUUACAAGGAGGGCUUAUCUGGAUGGAACUCUGCAUUUGCUCUUCGUCUUGCGAGAUUGAGGAUAUGCAAGACGCAAUUCCGGCCUCUUGGAAGCGAGACUUUACCUAGAGGCAUCGUCGCAAAUACAUCAGACUUGGAAAUGCGGCCGUUAUGGGGCAUUGUCCGCAACAAGAAGCCGAAGCUGAACUUAUUGGCCAUGGCAACCGGUAUAAAACAAAAGGAAAAUGUCAACAAAAUCGUCAAGAAGUUUCCGUCGAAUGAGUUCGUCGUGAUGAUGUUUCACUACGACGGUAUCGUUGAUGAGUGGAAGGAGUUUGAUUGGAGCGAAACCGCUAUCCAUGUUUCUGCCAUAAACCAGACUAAGUGGUGGUUUGCAAAGCGAUUUCUGCACCCGGAUAUCGUGUCAGCGUAUUCUUACGUAUUUCUAUGGGACGAAGAUCUCGGUGUUGAGCAUUUUGAUGCUAGAAGAUAUCUUUCCAUCGUGAAGGAAGAAGGGCUUGAAAUAUCGCAACCUGCUCUUGAUCCUCGGUCCUCGGAGUUGCACCAUCAAAUCACCGCACGAGACAGCAAAUCAAGAGUUCAUAGGAGGACAUACAAAGUGAUUGGUCGGGCCAAAUGCAACGAGAACAGCGCCGGGCCGCCUUGCACAGGAUUUAUCGAGAUGAUGGCUCCUGUAUUUUCCAAAGCCGCCUGGCGAUGCACGUGGCAUAUGAUUCAGAACGACUUGAACCAUGGAUGGGGCAUAGAUUUCCAGCUCGGGUAUUGCGCACAGGGCGAUCGGACCAGAAACAUCGGCAUUGUCGAUUCCGAGUACUUGCUGCAUAUGGGUCUUCCGACAUUAGGGGGCUCGGCUGAAAACAAGACGGAUGCGGAGACUUCUGGCCAAACCGAACAUAGUCAGCAUAGUUCGGGUAGAUCCGAGGUUAGGAAGCAGUCGUAUGCGGAACUGGAGAGAUUUAAGAGCAGAUGGAGAAACGCUGUCAAGAACGAUGAAUGUUGGAGAGACCCCUUCCAGCCGUAGAAGUUGACAUUUUUACUUGGAGAUAUGUACGAAUACGUAAGUAUUUAUUUCUACGUAUUCGUAUAUAUCUCUGAUACCUUUCUCUUUCACGUAAACAAUAUACGUACAUUGCAUACAAGUCCAGCAAGAACACCCGGAAGAGAACCAGAGAGUAUGAAAGCCGAUAUAUUUUAUCAGAAUGGGGAGAUGGCAGAAGAAUCCUCCCAGAUUUGGAAAAAAAAGUUUUGUAUUUUUUAUUUUAGGCAAAUAAACAAAUUCUGGUGUACUUCUACAUGAUUUUACAAAGAUCCAACGCAGUUGCAGUAAAGUUUUGACAUCCUUUUCUCUCUCUCUCUCUAUGUAUAUAUAUAGCCAUCACUGGAAACUUUGUACAAAACCCUUGUGCACAGACAGAACACAGAACCAAAACAAAACAGCUGAUCCAACUCAGUCCUCCUUAAGUUUAAAAAAAAAAAAA